AUGGCCCCAUUUCCAUACAUCAAGGGUGUUGCAGGAUGUAUAGCUACAGUUCUCGAGGUCAUUGAGUUAGCUGGCAAGAACAACGAGGACCUUCAGGACUUGGCAGAGAGCGUUGGAACAACAAUACGAAUCAUCAAGGAAACCGUUGAAGCGCACGGCAAUACGAGCGCGACGCGUUUUCGUGAUGUAUGUGUGGAGCUUCAGGCAUACCUGGAGGGUUUGGUUGCCGAAAUAAACACUACUCGAUGCAACUCGAAGUCCAAAGGCAUUACGCGAUUCCUGAAAACGAAGAAGAUUUCCGGUGUUAUCGACGGAUACAAGCAGCGAGUGAACAACAUCAAGGCAGAUUACCUUGUUCGGGUUACUACCGACUCAAGGCUCGCGAUGUCCGAGAUGCAGGAUGCACUGAGUGCAGUCACUCAAGCCACGGAGACAGCACAGUCACGUAUCACCUCGACUGUCGUGUCUCAAGCUCACUGCAUCCAAGGCGAGAUACGUUCCUUGGGCGAUAUCCAGAAGGAACAUGCAGCCCAGAUUUGUGAGAAGCUUCAGGAUCUGAAGGGAUAUUAUAAAGGACAGGUAGGUGGUUCCUCAUAUCAAACAUAUCUAUAUCUUAUUCGUAGGUUCGAGAACUUUUCCCGGGGGACAUCUACAUAG